AGGAGAAAGGACAGGAGGCUGUAGUGAGUGUGUGAAGUGUGAAUUCCUGGACAGCAGCUAUAAAACCUGCACAGGCAACCGGCAGCAGCAGUGACCGCAACCGCCAGGAGAGAAGACAGUCACUCAGGGACAAACAGGACAGAGCAAGACAGCUGGGACUUGCUGUGUCACCUUCCGUCAAUCAUUCUGGUUGUCAACUGCAUCACCGGAUCGAUACCUCUGUAACCUGGGAUAUCCAUUACUCUUCAGAACACUGUCAGAAAUGAGCAUUACCCUGGUAAACAGACAGCUAUUCCUAUUUAUUAUCUGGAAAAACCUGAACCAGGGGUUGAUACCUCUGCUUAUUAUAUUGGGAAAUGUCACUUUCUCUAUAACGCAGGACAUAACUCAGACGUCCAACAGCUUGGAAGAAGGGGCUGAUGUGACAACCUUCUGGUGGGGGGAGUGGACCAAGUGGACUGCAUGUACCCGCACCUGCGGCGGAGGAGUGAAGUCUCAGGAGAGGCAUUGCCUCCGACAGAGGAGAAAACUGCUGAGUGGUCUUGGAAGUAAAAACUGUACAGGCACCUCCAAGCGAUUCCACCUUUGUAAGGUGCAGGAAUGUCCAUCCAACAGCCGCAGUUUUCGGGAAGAGCAGUGCACAUCCUUUAAUUCGCACAUAUACAAUGGCAAAACUUACCAGUGGAAACCACUGUACCCUGAUGACUAUGUGCACAUCUCCAGCAAACCUUGUGAUCUGCAGUGCACCACCAGUGAUGGUCAGAGACAGCUGAUGGUCCAGGCCAGGGAUGGGACAUCCUGCAAGUACAGUGACUACCGAGGGGUUUGCGUUUCUGGAAAAUGUGAGCCGAUAGGAUGUGACGGGGUCUUGUUCUCCACCCACACCCUGGAUAAGUGUGGUGUUUGUCAGGGAGAUGGAAGUAGCUGCGUUCACAUUACGGGGAAUUACAGGAAAGGAAUCUCCCAUCUUGGGUAUACCCUGGUCACCCACAUCCCAGUUGGUGCAAGAGACAUUCAGAUAGUGGAGAGGAAGAAAUCUGCAGAUGUCCUGGCUGUUGCAGAUGAUUCUGGAUACUACUACUUCAAUGGAAACUUUAAGGUUGACAGCCCCAAAAAUUUCAACAUUGCCGGAACUGUAUUCAAGUACCGUAGGCCCAUGGAUGUGUAUGAGACAGGAAUAGAAUAUAUUGUGGCUCAAGGACCAACCAAUCGGGGCCUGAACAUUAUGGUCUGGAACCAAAAUGGCAAGAACCCCUCCAUCACUUUCCAGUACACUCUCCUACGAAGGCCGCAUUCACGAAUCACUCAGCCUGUGUAUUACCCAUUCCCCGAAUCGGAAAGUGAAGAGAGCAAAGAGAUAGAAGAGGACCUGACAUCUGGAAAUACUAGCUAUAUUGCUAACCCUCAAAGGGGGCAACCAAAAGGAGAGGCACCUGGUUUAGGAUGGCAGACCUCAUUGGAAGGAUUCAAUUCUGCCGGCAGACAACAGACAAAUGAAGUGUAUGAAGGAGGGGAAACAAUGGAUUGUGACCGAAGGACAAAAUGCAAAGCUAUAAAAGAUAUAAACACAAAUCGAACAACUUUUAUGACAGAUGACAGAGAUCAGGAUGCCACCCCCCGAUUAACCUCAAAGGAGUUCUUGUCUGGAAAUGCCAUUAUGAAGAAGUUCUCCGGCAAGAGCUCCGACUCCAGAGAGCCUUUCCAUAGCUUAAACAGAAGUGUAAUUUUCUCUCAAGGGGAACCUCUAAAUUCCGUGGAACCCAACCUGGAAAAUCUGUAUGUCGACUAUGAUGACAAUGAUGAGACUGCUUCAUUCGACUUAAAUGUCACCUUCCUUGAGUUCAGCAUUGACCGCACCUUGAACACAUCAGCUGAAACUCAGCUAAGCAACACAACCAUCAUUGCGACCAACAGAACUCAGAAAGGGAGAAAAGGCCCAAAAUUGCAGAGGAAGGUACAGGGGAUCAGCGCAGUGGACAUGUACCGUUGGAAAUUGUCUUCACAUGAGCCAUGCAGUGCCACCUGCACUACAGGAGUGAUGUCCACCUAUGCCAUGUGUGUGCGAUACGACGGGGUGGAAGUAGACGACUCGUACUGUGAUGCUCUGACCCGCCCUGAGCCAGUCCACGAAUUCUGCGCAGGAAGGGAGUGCCAGCCAAGGUGGGAGACGAGCAGUUGGAGUGAAUGUUCUCGGACCUGUGGAGAAGGUUACCAGUUCCGGAUAGUGCGCUGCUGGAAGAUGAUCUCACCUGGAUUUGACAGCUCUGUGUACAGUGAUCUGUGCGAUUCUGCAGACAUCACAAAGCCAGACGAGAGGAAAGUAUGCAGGAACCCAGCAUGUGGACCACAGUGGGAGAUGUCUGAGUGGUCAGAGUGUACAGCAAAAUGCGGUGAGCAGAGUAUUAUCACAAGGGAUGUGCGUUGUUCAGAAGAUGAGAAGAUGUGCGAUCCCAACACCAAGCCGCCAUUAGAGGAAGAAUGUACUGGACCACCAUGUGAUCGCCAAUGGACUGUGUCAGACUGGGGGCCUUGCAGUGGAUCCUGCGCCCAGGGGAAGAUAAUCCGACAUGUCUACUGCAAAACCAGCGAUGGAAGAGUGGUUCCGGAGUCUCAAUGCAACCUUGAGACCAAGCCCCUGGCUAUUCAUCCCUGCGGAGACAAGAACUGUCCCUCACAAUGGCUAAGCCAGGACUGGGAGCGGUGUAACACGACCUGUGGCAGGGGGUCCAAGCAGCGAGUUGUCCAGUGCCUAGAGGUGGCCAACGGCAAAGUGAAAACUCGCAAUCCAUCAGAUUGCGACGCUGCCAAAAAGCCAGCAGAGGAGAGCACCUGCUUCGAGCGGCCGUGUUUCAAGUGGUACACCACCCCUUGGUCUGAGUGCAGCAAAACAUGUGGAGUUGGAGUCCGGAUGCGGGAUGUGAAGUGCUUCCAAGGAAGAGACAUUGUUCGUGGCUGCGAUCUGCUGGUUAAACCGGUUGGGAAGCAGACGUGCGACUUGCAGCCUUGCCCAACAGACCCUCCAGAUGACAGCUGCCAGGACCAGGCUGGCACUAACUGUGGCCUGGCCAUCAAAGUAAACCUGUGCAGUCACUGGUAUUAUAGUAAAGCCUGCUGCAGGUCAUGCCGUUCUGCGCACUCCUAGGGAGCGGCUGUGCACACAUGAACCCCACACUCUGCAGGAAAUUACCAUUCUCAACCCAUGGGUAUAAUAACUCCGGAGCAUUCGCAACUAUUUAAUGCGAGCCGCUAAAGGGCAGCUGUAGCCAAAGACUUGCAUACAUAACUAUAUAAUAUAUACUGUAUAUAUAGACAUACAUACAUGAAAUGUCUACAACCUGUCAAAAGAUUGUAAGGUAAUAGACAUACCCCCCCUCUACUUUCUUUACUACAAGCCUGUACAGCAAGCACAGCGUAGGAAGGACAACCAACACCAAGUACAUGUGCAUUAAGCACUAAGCAGCCCCAUAUUCCUCUAAGUAGACUUUACUAAGUGGGAUAGUGUUACUUACAGGCUCUAAAAUGUGUUCCACUCUUCCUAUGCAGCCAUGUAAUGCAGCAGGGGUGUGGGGGUGCCAAUAAACUGCAUUUAUUUACAAUCUGUGGUGAGGUAAAACAUUUCUUGUAUUAGUCUCUCAGUUAUGUAUGUUGCUUUUUGCGCUGGAGUUGCCCUUUAAUCAGAAUAACCCAAAUUCAACCAAUGGAUGGUUUCCUCUUGUUUUGGGUAGUAAUAAUGACCUCCAUCGCAUUCAAGCAUUUCACAGAUUUCAUUCCUGAUGUAAGAAGGAAAAACUUUGCAAUUUACUUACCAAACCCAAUUCCGAUUAUCGAUGUGGUCGCUCCACACUUUGUAGCUUGUCACAUUGUUUCUCCAUAAAGGGUUUUUACCUUAAACGUCACACAAAAAUAGUUCAAUUGCCUUCCAUUCUGCAGAGUUUAAACCAUGCUGCUUUUUUUCCCCACCUCUGUCUAUUUUUAAUUUAAGACAUCCUGUGUAGUUUUAUCAGAGACCUUUGGAGUUUCUGCUAUGGCAGUCCUGAGUCGGGGCGCCUCGACAUCCUGGGAAGGAAAGGCCGGCUGUAGCUGUAAGUGCCAGCCUCACCCAGUUCAAUAUUUAACGCAUUCCCGGUGUGGAAAACAGAUACAACUGUAAUAUGAAGGUGUAUACUUUUCCAGUGCUGUAUUCAUACAUUAUUAUAAUGAACAUUAUGAGCUGUACAGAAUAUCUUUAUUAUAGAGCGAUAAACCAAAGAGUUUAAACCAGUGGAAUGCAUCAAGAGGGCAAAAUGGCCAUUGAAUAGUUGUCAUGGAAACUCUUAUUUAUAGGUAAAACAUAUACUAGCCAUUUCUUUAGGAUUGUUAUUUUGCUAUUGAGGGGAGGGGCAAAUUUUUUUGGGCUUUGAAUUUACCAAUCUACUGUGAGUAUCAUGUCAUUGCAGAGGUGGAAGUGCUCAGGUAAUUUAUUCAGAGAUGACAGCACUUUUCCCUCCAAUGAAUGAAGCAGGCUUACAAAUAGAAACUUUUUCCUUUCACUUCCAUAGGGAAAUUUUACUGGUUGUCAUAAACAAUACCUCUAUUUUCCACUGGAACACUGGGGGACAUACAUAGAAAUUGGGUGACUAUCUGCAGGUUACAAAAGUAAGCAAUUUUUCUAAUUUACCUACCUGACAAAACAGUAAAACCUACACAACUGAGCAUUAGGCUUGACAAAAAUUGGAAGAUGUUUCCCAGAAGGCGAUGGGUGGGAGAAACAGCUAACAAGCUGGAAAAGACAGCUGAGCGCUAAGGAAUGUUUCCACCACUUAUUAUCCUCUCCGCAGAUUGGGCCUUUUCUAUGGCAGACAAAUAAGGAUCUUUGCCAGCACACCUUGGCAUAGUGCUAAUCUUGUCUUUUAUUCACGUGAAGCCACAUGCCUGACAGUAUGUGAAUAAAGGACAAGAUUAUCACUAUAUUAGGUAUGCUGGUAAAGUUCCUAAUUUUUCUAUGAUUGCAUAUCGAAACCAUCCGCCAAUUUACUACAGCAUACUACAUGAACUAUAGGCAAGCCUGUAUUGUGUGCGAUGGACACAAUAAACGUCUCUGUUUUUACGGAAGGGCCUAGAGACAGCCAAGGAAAAUACAAAAAAAGAGAUAAAAUCUUGGAGUUCUAAAAUAAAUCAACAUUUUGGAAUAUCUCAGCUCUUUUGAAUUAUUGUACAAUUCUGAAUUACAGUAUUUCAGUGGAAUCUCCUUUCUAGAACAAAUAUCUACAUUUUCUAUUGCUGUAUUAUAUACUUCGGGGUAGCCAAAAAUUCACAUAAACUAAAGUGUCUAUCGACUGGGACUAGUUUCAUAAAUGUCACUCAAAGCUUAUCAACUGCCACCUUUUAAAUGGGGGUAAUAGAGGACUUGCAAAAUGUAACUGUUUUUACCUGAACAAUGUUCAGUCCCAAUGUAUUGUUUGCCCUUCUUUAAAUGUUCCAUGUUUAGUUCACGUCUCCACUUUCCCUCCAUGAUGCGUUGUGCCUGGUGACUCAAAAGAACUUAUAAGUGAUUGUUCGCAUUUACAGGACCUGCACUCUUGUAACUCUGCAGAGCAAGCUUUCAUGAUAUAAUAUAUUUGUCUAUAAAUAAAUCACUUAAAGCACAUAUAAUCAUGGUUUGUUUGUAACUUCCAUGUACAUUGUAAUAAAACAUUGAUAUUUAUAACAUCC